AUGCGCUCGAUCAUCCUCGCUCUCGCGGCUCGGGUCGCGGCCGGCGUCGACUGCUCGUCCUGGGACGGCGACCGUGUCGGAUGCUCGGGAUGCGUCGCGAGCGGCGAGUGCGUCUUCGACGAGGUCACGGGAACCUGCGGAACCGUGGCGGACACGGAGAACUGCCCCGCCGGCGACUUCGGGCCCACGGGCGGCGAGGAAUGCCCCGCGACGUGCUUCGGAGAUACGUGCGACGCGUGGGCGACGAAGGCCACCUCGUGCGCCGAGCUCGAAGAGUGGGGCUGCGACUGCUUCGGGUGCGCGUGUGCGGUCGAAGACGGCGACAAGAACGACGACAAGGGCGGAGACUGGGGCGACAAGAACGACGACAAGGGCGGAGAUUGGGGCGACGACAAGGAUUGGGGCGACAAGGACGGCGACUGGGGCGACAAGGACGGCUACACGGCCGCGCCGACGGCGACGCUGACGGGCUCGUGGCGCGUCGAGAGUCUGGGGAACGCCGGCGGCGCGACGCGCUACUACUGGGUCUACGCGCCCGACGCCGCGGAGUACUCGGGCAUGAUGCUCUUCUUCCACGGCGCGGGCGGCGGCGCGUCCGUGCGCCACGCGUACCGCGUCGCCGAGAACGCCGACACGUACGGCUUCGUCGGCGUCGUGCCGAUCGGCAGCCCCGGCGACGGCGAGGACGGCGGCAAGCGCCGGCUGGCGGAGAGCGACGAUACGGAGUGCUGCUAUUACUGGAACGUCGACGUCGCGGACGGCGUGGACGACGUCGGCUUCGUCCACGCGGUCGUCGCGGCGGUCGCGGAAGACUACGCCGUCGCCGCCGACAGGCCCGUCAUCGCUCUCGGCUUCUCGAACGGGGCGGCCAUGUCGGAGCUCCUCGGCUGCCACGAUAGCCACGAUUUGUGGGUCGCGCACGUCGGCGUGCACUACCGUCCGGAAUCGGACUGGCCGUCGACGUGCCAGUCGAAGACGUCGGCAUGCCCCGAGUGGAACGCCGUCGGCUCCGAGGACUGGUUCCUCGACGGCCUGUCGCCGACGCCGACGGAGGGCAUCCUGGCCCAGUUCGAGGCGAGCCGCGACGCCGCGGGCUGCCCCGAGGAGGCGGCGCGCCAGGACGGCGAGUGCUACGAAUACGCGAGCUGUCCGUCGCUGGGGCGGCUCUGCGUCUACGACGGCGUCAUUCACAUGAUCACGGACACGAUGACGGAGUCCGCCUGGACCUAUUUGACGGGCCCCGGGCUCAGCUGCGGCGAAUCCGCGGCCACGACGCAGGACGGAUGGUGCGCGGACUCCGGCGUGCAGCUCUGCAAGAUGCUGUGCGAGACGCCGGACUGCCCGACCGGCCAAUGCGCGAUGCGCGUCGGCACCUGCUGCGACUACACGUGCGCCUACGCGACUCGCGACGGCGGGUUGGCCUUCGGCGAGUUCGCGGAGAACGCGACGACGACCGAGGCGUUCGCCGCCGAGUGCCCGACGACGUGCUUCUUCGACACGUGCGACGCCUGGGCGACGGCGGAGACGACGUGCGCGGACCUCGAGCGCGAGUACGACUGCGACUGCACCGGCUGCGCGUGCGACGGCACCGGCAGCGUCAAGGACGACGAUAAGGGCGGCGACAAGGACGGCGACUGGGGCGACAAGGACGGCUACACGGCGGCGCCGACGGCGACGCUGACGGGCUCGUGGCGCGUCGAGAGCCUCGGGCACGCCGGCGGCGCGACGCGCGCCUACUGGGUCUACGCGCCGGACGCCGCGGAGUACUCGGGCAUGAUGCUCUUCUUCCACGGCGCGGACGGAGGCGCGUCCGUGCGCCACGCGUACCGCGUCGCCGAGAACGCCGACACGUACGGCUUCGUCGGCGUCGUGCCGAUCGGCAGCCCCGGCGACGGCGAGGACGGCGGCAAGGGCGACGGCGGCAAGCGCCGGCUGGAGGAGUCCGGCACGGAGUGCUGCUAUCACUGGAACGUCGACGACGCGGACGGCGUGGACGAGGUCAGCUUCGUCCACGCGGUCGUCGCGGAGGUCGCGGCGGACUACGCCGUCGGCGCGGACAAGCCCGUGAUCGCGCUCGGCUUCUCGAACGGGGCGGCCAUGUCGGAGCUCCUCGGCUGCCACGAUAGCCACGAUUUGUGGGUCGCGCACGUCGGCGUCCACUACCACCCCGAGGCCGACUGGCCGUCGACGUGCCAGUCGAAGACGUCGGCGUGCCCCGAGUGGAACGCCGUCGGCACCGAGGACGAGUUCCUCGACGGCCUGUCGCCGUCGCCGACGGAGGGCAUCCUGGCCCAGUUCGAGGCGGGCCGCGACGCCGCGGGCUGCCCCGAGGAGGCCGCGCGCGCGAGCCGAGGCGGCGAGUGCCACGACUAUCCGAGCUGCCCGUCCCUCGGCGUGCUCUGCGUCUACGACGGCGUCAUUCACAUGAUCACGGACACGAUGACGGAGUCCGCUUGGACCUAUCUGACGGGCCCCGGGCGCAGCUGCGGCGAAUCCUCGACGACGACGACGAAGGCCAAGAAGGACCGGUGCGCGAAGAAGACGAAGCGGAAAAAAUGCACGGGGAACUGCGUGUGGAAACGGGGGCAGUGCGUGGCCUCCUCGGGAGUCUCCUGCAAGAAGCAGAAGAAGGAAAAGAAGUGCACCAAGGCCGGCUGCGCGUGGAACGCGAAGAAGGAGAAGUGCGCGGACUGCGCGAAGCAGAAGAAAUCCAAAAAGUGCAAAAAGGCGGGCUGCAAGUGGAAGAAGAAGAAGGAGAAGUGCCGAGCGAAGGCCGUGCGCCACCAGCCCUUGAUGGUCGCCUUCAUCGUCGCCGGGUCCCGCGUCGCGAGGCAGCUCGCGAGCGCGGCGUUGCUGACGUGCGCGGGCGCGACGGCUUUUAAAUGCGCGAUGGCUUCGGUCAUCGCGGCUUUUGGGCCUGCGGCCACAACAGCAGCACCAACCAUGGACGCGGUCUACCGCCAGGCGCGCGCCUUGCUCGAGAGCGCGGCGCUCGCGUCGGGCAAGGAGGAGAAGGUGUCGAAGAUCGCGCUGCUGGUGGAGCUCUGCGUGCACCGCGCCGACGCGGCGCUCGUCGACGAGCUCGUCACGGGCGUGUCGAACUUCACGACGGACCGGUCGUCGUCCGUGCGGCGCGCCGUGCUCGACUUCCUCGAGCGCGUCGUCGUCGGGAGCGAGCACGGCGGCGACGCGUGCGCGUCGCGCGCCGUCGAGACGGCCGCGUACCUCGCCUGCGACGAGCACGAGGGCACGGCGACGCGCGCCCUGGGCGUCGCCGCCGUCAUCCUCGGCGCGCCCAAGUUCGGCGCCUUCGAGCUCGCGGACGUGAGCCGCGAGCGCCUCGUCGCGGCCGUCGACGGCGACGCGCGAAAGCAGCAGUCGGGCGCCGCGCCCGGCGCGGCCUACCUGUCCGCCGCGGCCGAAACGCUACUGGCCCUCGUGCUCCGGGACUGCCGCCACGAGACGGGGACGCGGCCGUCCGCGGCGACGAAGCGGGGCACCGCGGCGCUCGCGGCCGCGGCGAAAAGCGGCGCGUCCCAACAGCUCCUCGACUGCUGCGCCGUCGCGCUCGCCGCGGCCUUCGGCCUCGUCCACAAGGAGUUGGUCGCCGCCGUCAUCGCCGCCCUCGAGGCGGCGCCCGAGGCCGCCGCGGCGACGGCCGUCGCGGCGCUCCACGCGGCCGAGACCGCGCGGCGCGCGGGCGGCGCGGGCGCGGUCGCCGCGGCGGCGAACAAGCUCGAGGCCGCGCUCCGCCGCGGCGGCAAGGGCGAGGCGGCCGACGAGGCGUUGGACUGCGCGCGCGGGGGCCGGCCGCUGCCGCCGCGGCCGCCGCCGGAGAAGCGCGGCCGCGACGAGCCCUCGGACCCGCGCGCGGCGAAGCGGCGGAAGCGCGACCCGCGCGCGCGGCGCGAGCGGUCCGAGGCGGCGGUGCCGCGGCGCGCCGAGGAUUUGGAGGAGGACCGGGAGGACGCGGCGCCGGACGACGACGACGACGACGACGACGACGACCCGUCGAUGCCGCCGCCGCCGCCCAAGGGCGCGGACGCGCCGCUCACGGCCGCGGCCGCGGGCAGCGUGCGGUCCCAGCCGCCGUCGGCCCCCGGCGGGCGGCCGACCCUGAAAUCGAGCGCCAACGCGCUGAGCGACGCGCACGCGCGGGCCAUGCGCGCGGCGGCCGCCGCUCGGUGCGUCGCCGCGCCGCCGGAGCUCGUCGCGCGCGAGCGGCUCUACGCGACGCGCGACGCCGUCGUGAGCCGCCUCGCGCGCUUCGAGGUCGACCGCGGCGACGUCGAGGGCGGGCCGGGCGCCGUCGCGGCGACGCUGGCCAGGGCCGUCGCGGACAAGAAGGGCCGCCGCGACGGCGUCGAGCUCGCGCUCCGCGUGCUCUUCGAGGCCUACGCGCGGGAGCGGGCGCUGGUGAACGGCGAUGCAUGCGCCGCCGACGACCCGCGGCGCCGCGCCUACGACGGCGCGCUGCUGACGCUGCUCGCGGCGCUCCGCGACGGCCUCGAGAGCUCGGAGCGCGCGCUCUUCACGGACGUCGUGUUGGGGGCGCCGCGGCUGCCCGGCGCGGCCGUCGACUUCCUCGUGCGCUGCUGCGACGCAAACGACGCGCCGGCGGCGGGCGUCGCGCUGGGGCUCACGGCGCUCCGGGACCUCGCGUUCCACCGGCCCUCGGCCCGCGGCGCGUGCCUCGCGCGGUGCCUGGACCUGACGCGGCGCGCCGACGUCGCGGCGGAGGUGCGCGAGAAGGCCGUGCGCCUCGCGUCGAACCAGCUCUGGGCGCGGCCGAGCCUCCGGGACGCGGUCGUCGCGCACGCGACGGCGUCCGUCGCCGGUGCUGCGAAACCGACGGGCCGGAAAGCCGAGGGCGACGACGAGCGCGCCGCAGCGCUUGAGGGCGUGCGGCGCGAGCUCGCGCUGGGGGUGGCGCUCUGCGUCAAGGACGUGAGCCUCGUGCCCGUGCUACUCCGCAACGCCGCCGCGACGGCGGGCCGCGCGGACGACAGCGUGCUCGUGCAGGAGGCCGUCGCGCUCGAGCUGCCGCGCCUCGCGCCGGCGCUCGCGACGCUCCACGGGCCCGAGCCGACGCUCGCGACGGCGGCGCAGGCGCUGAAGAGCGAGGCGGGCGACGCCGUCGACGCGGACCGGUCCAAGGCGACGGAGGCGCUGCUCCUGUCGCUCCUCGAGGCGCUGGCGGGGCCGGGGACGAAGCGGACGCCGGGCCUGUGGGACGGCGCGGCGAAGCUCCGCGAGGCCGUGCAGGCGAGCCGCGCCGCGGCGUCCGCUUCGGACGACACGGUCCGCUUCCUCGUGCCGGCGCUGGGCUCCGCGUCCGCGGCCCAGUUCUUCGACGCGCUGCCGGCGCUCCUGCUGCACCUGGACGACGCGGCGCUCGCGGCCGCGUUCCGCCGCGCCGUCGCGGCGACGCUGAGCGCGACGAACAAGGUGUCCGGCGCGGCGGCGACGCUCGGCGCCGCGGAGCUCGUCGUCGGCCUCCACGGCGUCGACGACAAGGUCGUGCCCGUGAAGCGCGUCACGGAGGCGCUCAACGUCUGCCUGGCCGCGCGCGACGUCUUCGGCGCGCUCUGCCUCCGCGACGCGCUCGACAAGAUGACGGACGUCGGCGCCGACGGCGACGACAAGGCGAGGCUCGCGAAGCUGCCCCAGCUCCUCAUGCGCACGUGCAUCCUCGCCGUGAAGACGUACCCGGCGCAGCUCAGCUCCUUCGUCGCGUCGACGGUGCUCGUGCGGCUCGUGAAGAUGAAGGUCUGGACGCACGGCGCGCUCUGGAAGGGCUUCAUGAUGUGCUGCGGGCUGCUCGCGUCGCCGACGGAGGACCACAGCCACACGUGCUUCGCCGCGGCCCUCGCGCUCCCGGCGCCCCAGCUGUCGCACCUCCUCAAGCUCGCGCCCAAGCUCAAGCUCCCGCUCAAGCGCCACGCGGAGAAGCUCAUCAAGGCCCGCGACCUCGGCGGCGUCAACCCGCCGUCGCUCAAGCUCCUGGGGCUCGAGGCGCCGGCGGCGAACUAA